GGGUGCAUGUGUGUGUAGAGGCAGGGUAAUUGAGUGUGUUUUCGGCUGCAAUACGUGUCCUAACGUCUGCGGUUAUAAUGGUUGGAAAUGCUGUAAACCACCUGACGAUUGUUUUCCCGGUGAUGCUCGUCUCCUACUGGACAACGGCAACCUCAUGGAAAUGAGGGAUCUUAGAUCAGGACAUCGAAUUCUAACAGUGGAAGGUAGCCGGCAUGUGUUUUCUGAAGUACAAACCUUCUUACACCGAGAACCGUACAAGAACACGACUUAUCUGACCUUGACCACGGAGCAGGGAAACCAGAUGACGAUGACAGGAAACCACCUUCUCUUCGCUUCAACAAACAACCAAUCAACUGGCAUGGAAGCUAGAUCUGCGAGUUCUGUGAAAAAAGGAGAUUACAUUUUUUCUACAAAAUCGUGUCCACUUGGUCUCUGCCCAGAGCGAGUUGUCCAAAUCUCUUUCUCAACAAAACAAGGUCUGUACGUUCCACUGACGGACGCAGGGACUCUAGUGGUGGACGGAAUGUUUGCGUCGUGUUAUUCUUUCAUACAACACGACCUCGCUCACCUUUUCAUGGUACUCUUCCGCUCGUUUCCAUGGAUACUGGAACCAUGGCAGCAAGAUGGUUUUAGUCCAAUUCUGUCAAGUCUGCAAUAUUUGGGAACUGUAAUUUUUCCCACAAGUGUCCUUAGACUAGGCUAAAUGUUUGGUUCCACUCACAAACAUAAUUAAAAAGUGUUUGCACAAA